CGUAGCACAUCGGUUUCAGUACCUUCGACAAAGAGAGAGUUGAAAUUCUUGAAUUUUGGGUUUUUUUGUGAGAGGAAAAAAAGAUGGCCGCAGAAGAGGGACAGGUUAUCGGUUGCCACUCUGUUGAUCAUUGGAAGGAGAACUUAAACAAGGGUACCGAGAGCAAGAAAUUGGUGGUGGUCGAUUUCACAGCUUCGUGGUGUGGGCCCUGCCGAUUUAUUGCCCCAAUUUUGGCUGAGAUUGCCAAGAAGAUGCCACAUGUUAUUUUCUUGAAGGUGGAUGUGGAUGAACUAAAGGAUGUUGCUAAAGAGUACAAUGUUGAGGCCAUGCCCACGUUCGUGUUUCUCAAGGAAGGGAAAGAAGUGGAUAGGCUCGUGGGUGCGAGGAAGGAAGAUUUGCAGGCUACAAUCACCAAGCAUGCUACUGCUACUGCUACUGCUAGUGCUUGAGGUUUCUUUGUUAAGAAACAUUUGGGCUUGUAAUAAUCUAUAGUUUGUUAAGACUUAUUAUGACUGUUUUAUUAUGACCGUUUUAACUUUAGUGUGAUGGUCUAUCAUUGUGAAUGUAACGAAGUCUUAUGAUUUUCUCCUACUGCAGGGGAAAUCUUAGUAUGUUACCGUGUGUUUUAUCGUGAAUUGUGACUUGAAAACCAUAGUUUCAGCAUUUCAAUAUCUAUUUGCAGUGUGAGAAUAAGAGUUUAAAUCCUA